GGCGGCAGCGGCCGGGCCCCGCGCGCUCCAUGGCGGCCGCCGGCGGCCCCGACGAGGCGGACGAGGCGGUGCGCGGAACGUGCGAGGACGCGUCCGUCUGCAAACGGUUUGCUGUGAGUGUUGGCUACUGGAAGGACCCUUACAUCCAGUAUUUUGUGAGACAAGCCAAAGAAAGGAAGGCACCUGAGAUCAACAGAGGUUACUAUGCUCGUGUGCACGGGGUCAGUUACCUGAUCAAGGCUUUCCUGGAGAAGACAGAAUGCAACUGUCAGAUUGUGAAUCUUGGGGCUGGCAUGGACACCCUGUUCUGGAGGCUGAAGGAUGAAAACCUUCUCCCUAGGAAAUAUUUUGAAGUGGAUUUUCCAAUGAUCGUUGCAAGAAAAAUCCAUAAUAUCAAAUCAAAACCUCCCCUGUCAAAACCAAUUAUGGAAUCUCAUUCAGGGGACUCUCUUCUAAUAGAUUCCCACAGCCUGGACUCCAGUCGCUACUCCAUAGUGGGAGCAGACCUGCGCUUCUCCUCAGAGCUGGAGGAAAAGCUAAGGAAGCACAGCUUGGAUGUGCAUUUGCCAACGCUGCUGGUGGCUGAGUGUGUGCUGGUUUACAUGACCCCCCAGCAGUCUGCAAAUCUGCUCAAGUGGGCAGCAAACACCUUCCCCGUGGCCAUGGUUAUCAAUUAUGAGCAGGUGAACAUGCGGGACCGCUUUGGGCAGAUCAUGAUCGAGAACCUGCAGCGCCGGCAGUGCAACCUGGCCGGGGUGGAGCUCUGCAGCUCCCUGGACUCCCAGAGGGAGCGGCUGCUGGCCGGCGGCUGGGAGAACGCCCGUGCCAUCGACAUGAUGAAGGUGUACAGCUUCCUGCCACAGGCUGACGUCAGGAGAAUAGAAGCCCUUGAAUUCCUGGAUGAAAAGGAACUGUUUGAACAGCUGAUGCAGCACUACUGCAUCUGCUGGGCUUCCAAGGACAGCAGCAACCUGGGUCUGGCAAACAUCGACUUCUGAGGGCUGCAGCAGGGAGCCCUGCAGAGCUGGGGCCUGGGCCAGGACGUGGAGAGGAUGGGAUUGGCACGUGCCAGCCCCGGGCUGUGCCUGGGACACUCCUGGUGCUGCUGGGGACGGGCACCUCUGGGUGGAUUCAGGAGCAUCUCCUGUGAGCAGGACCUGCCUCUGCCCCCAGCCUCCACGGGGGCUCGCACGAGGCGUCGGUAACUCCUGCACAGAGCUUGCCUUCCUUAGUUCAAACUGAAAGUAAAGUGUUCUUGGGUUCUUUGAUUUCCCUCGUGUGUGUGUUUGUGGCUGUGUAACACGUGUUUGUGGCAGGAGCCCGGGGAGCUGCAGCAGGGGCUGGCUGAGCAGGAAUUCUGGGCAUUUUUGGUCUCUUCAGGUCUAAUUUGGAUGGAGUGUCACCGUGUCAGCUUCUCCAGGCUUCAGUGAGAAUGCUGACACUGCUGGGGGUUCUUGGAGGGGAAGGAGGUGACCGCUGUCUGUGGUCGGUGAUGUACAAGAAACUGGAAAAUAGACUCAAUUUAACUGGGAAGGGCUUAGCUUGUGGUUUCAGCACUGGCAUGCUGAAGAAAGAAAUUAAUCUCAAUUUGCACUGCUUCUGGUACUAUCUUUACACCAGUUCCUCCUUCUCUUUCCCCUAAAAGAAGCAAAACAAAAUCCCAACAGCAAUGAAAGCCCUUGUCCUGCUGUUUGAAAUGGAAUCUUGCAACCUUCCUGUGAGAAACAGAAAUAAAUGUUUAGUAUUUAUAA